UUACCGCCCGUGACACGGAUGCUCGUACGGUGUCCGUCUCUGCAGCCAACGCACGUCUCCUGUCGUCUCGUCCUCGUCUUCCUUCCUCCUCCCCAAUCGGCAACCGCGGAUUCCUCCUCGAUAGAUCCGGCAGGCGCACAGGCGACGGUCUCGAGCUGCGACAGAAGGCGCCAUGGGGCUCUGGGACUCGCUCCUCAACUGGCUCCGAAGCCUGUUCUUUAAGCAGGAGAUGGAGCUCUCCCUGGUUGGCCUACAGAAUGCUGGGAAGACAUCUCUAGUCAAUUCAAUUGCUACCGGUGGAUACAGCGAGGACAUGAUUCCAACUGUAGGCUUUAAUAUGCGGAAAGUCACCAAGGGAAAUGUCACAAUUAAACUUUGGGAUCUUGGAGGGCAACGUAGAUUCCGGACUAUGUGGGAGCGCUACUGUCGUGGAGUUACGGCUAUUCUAUACGUUGUCGAUGCUGCUGACCGGGAUAGCGUUCCGAUUGCUAAAAGUGAAUUGCAUGACCUGCUGACAAAACAAUCUUUAUCUGGGAUCCCCUUACUUAUCCUUGGCAACAAAAUUGACAAGUCAGAGGCACUUUCUAAGCCGGCAUUAGUUGAUCAACUAGGCCUGGAAUCUAUAAAGGACCGUGAAGUUUGCUGCUACAUGAUCUCUUGCAAGGACUCGGUGAACAUAGAUGUUGUCAUUGAUUGGCUCAUCAAGCAUUCUAAGACUGCAAAUUAGGGUUGCUGUGUGUUUGUGCCCCCUUCACGUGUGCCGAGAUGAAUUUAGUUUGCACAUCUCCGUUCUCAUGAUCUGGAAGGUGAUGUAAAAGGUGACAGCCUUGUAAUCUAUGAUACAUCUUUGGUGUCACUGAGGAACAGUAUGGAGUUUGACACUUGGGCCUCAAAAUCUGUAAUGCUCUGUAAAUUCCUUAAACCUUUGAUUGUUCUUUUGUGUGCAGAUCAUGUGUGUUAUUCUUA